UAUUCAAAUUUCAAUCUUCUCCUUUGGUAGCGUAGCGGUUUUAAUAACUGUACACGUGCUUGCUCAUUUUCUCUGAACUAGCUUAGAAAAUGAAAUCAAUCACCGAUUGUUUCAAAUCAAAAUUCGAAUUUGUAACUACCAGAUUAGGAUCUACCACUUACGGAGAUUGAUUCCCACUCAAACGCUACUACUACCUUUGCCUAAACAACUCUAUAAAUACCCAAACGCUCCUCAAAGGUACAUACAUACAUACAUCCAACACUGAGUUAGGGUUCUCUUCCAUUUGGAUUUUGCGCUUAUUCCGAUUUCGUGAGAGGCGAUUUUGAUGGAUAAAUUAAACGGAUUGGAAGCUCCUAUUGAAACACAAGUCAAAGCCUUUUUUGACUCUGCUCCUCCUUGGCAUUGCAGUCAUGAAGUAACUCUAAAAUUGAAUCAAUUCAUUGAACGGAAUUCUUCCCCAUCAGCUAAUGGGGAAGCUAAGAGAAUUGUUUGUGUGACGUCUGGUGGUACCACUGCUCCAUUGGAGCAACGGUGUGUCCGCUAUGUUGACAACUUCAGUUCAGGUCACAGAGGGGCCACAUCCACAGAGUAUUUUCUGAAGGCUGGAUAUGCUGUUAUCUUUCUGUACCGGAGGGGAAGUUUCCAGCCAUUUUCCAGAUCCCUUCCUGACGAUCCCUUACUUGAAUGCUUCGAGCCCACCAAGGAUUCAAACUUUCAAGUUUGCGAGGCUUAUUCUGAAGCAGUGAAGAGGGUCAUCGUGGAUCAUCAUACUGCAGUGGCAGGUGGUUACAUGUUGAAACUUCCUUUCAGCACCAUAUUUGAGUAUCUCCAGAUGUUGCAAAUGGUUGCAAUCUCAAUGAGGUGUAUUGGCCCGCAUGCGAUGUUCUAUCUUGCUGCUGCUGUAUCUGACUAUUAUCUUCCUUGGAAAGACAUGGUAGAGCACAAAAUUCAGUCAGGAUCUCACCUUUUGGAUGUGAAACUAGUUCAAGUGCCAAAAAUGUUGUCAGUGCUCAGGAAAGAUUGGGCUCCCUUGGCUUUCUGCAUAUCUUUCAAGUUAGAGACAGAUUCAAACAUUCUUCUAAAUAAGGCUGUUACAGCUCUUGAAAAGUACAAGAUGCAUGCAGUUGUUGCAAAUGAACUCUCAAAUCGCAAGGAGCAAGUGGUGGUUGUCACUAGUGCUGAGAAGAUUACUGUUCAGCGAGAUAAGAGUCAGCCUCUUAAUGACGUAGAGAAUCCCCUGAUUAACCUUCUUUCGGAGAGACAUACCAUUUACAUUAAGGAUUCGGUAGAUGAGUCUAGGGAAUGACUUUGGCUCCUACUUGAGAAUGAAUCCUCCUCUCAUAUUCAAUUUUAACAUAAUCUCAGUAGUUCAAUUAUAGAUCAAUAGUCAGCAAUUAAUUUAAAGGUUUUUUUUUUUUACAAGUUUUAUCACCAAAAUUAUUAAUUUAAAGAUUUUGUCUUUUUUGUUUUACAAGUUUUAUUACUAAAAUUAUGACCGUGGAUUUAUCAUUGAAUAGUUGAGAUUUAUUAGAUGACAUGACUUCAGCAAAUGUAUUAACUUUGCAUGGUAUUUUUGUGAUUCUUCUCAUUGCCGAUUGG